CCGGAGAAGCCGGAACAGCAGUGUGUGCACCUCUGACAACUCCGAACGCUCGUGUAACUCUGCUAAAUCUCAACUUGACAUUAGUGUUUAUAAAUACAUGUAGAUAUUUUGAUACAUUCUGGACCUGCGGUGUGACAAUGGGAGCCAAUAACAGUAGCCGAAGAGUGUCAUUUGAGUCUGACGAGAAUGAGAAUGUAACAGUGGUGAAGGGCAUCAGGCUCUCGGAGAAUGUCAUCAACCGAAUGCGAGACCCUUCUAUGGCCCCUCGUCCAAAGCCUGUUCCUCCUCCUCCAUUUCACCCCAACCCCUCCUUUCCUCCUCCACCAGCUCCACCUGCCACAGAGAACGUAGCACCACCUCCUUCUCCUCCUCAACCCGAGCAGGUAGAAGCGCCCACUGUCAUUGACAUGGUGCUACCCUCCACCUCUUUGCCCGCAGUUGCGCCUCCUGCUUUUGAGCCGACCCCUGCUCCCGCUUCUGCUCCUGCUCCUGCUCCUCCCGCUGUUGAGCCGGCCCAAGUGACUCCUCCUCCUCCUCCCCAGCCGGUGGCGGAGUCAGGAUCUUCUGCUUCUGUCCCAGAGUCCAGUCCGGUAGCACCACCACCAUCUCCUCCUGCUGCUGCACCAGCAAUUGAUGAAGAAGCCCUGAAGAAAAGGAUCAGUGAAGAGCUGUAUGAAGGCUUGGAGAAGCAGAGGGUCAAGGCAGAGCAAGACCUUCAGGCUUGGCUGGAGGCAGAGAAGUCACGUGCAUCGGCCCAAGCUCAGGCAGAGGCUCAUCGUCACGUGGAGGACGAGGUUUCCCGCAUUCUGUCCGUGGAACGCUCCGUGUACCAGGAGAGCAUCCAGCAGGCGGUCAUCAGGGAGCGCAUCGCCGCCGAAGACGAAAAGCUCCGCGCUCAACUCUAUGCUAAGCAGCUGGAGGCUAAAGAGGCCGACCUAAACAAGCAGGAUGCUUUCUACAGAGAGCAGGUGGCUCGGCUGGAAGAGAGGAGUGCUCAGUUCUACAAGGUCACCACAGAGAACUACCAUAAAGCCGCUGACCAAGUGAAUGCCAAGUUCAAGCGCUACGACACGUAUCCGGUGUGCGCUGACCUGCAGGGCCAGAUCCUUGCGUGCUAUAGAGAAAAUGCCGGCAAAACCCUCCAUUGCUCCAACAUAGCAGCCAUGUACCUGCAGUGUGUCAACAAUGCCAAACAGAAAAAUAAGCAUGCAGCCUCACGGACAGACGAAAUACCAAGUUGAGGACUGGGGGUUAAGGAAGAAAGGGGAUAAGAAUGGUGGCCCAAUCAAGAGUUUAUUGUGUGGGAUUACUGAUUAUUGACCGACCGACAAGCCGCAAAAAGACCAAGAAGGAGAAGAAUGAGUAAGCACCGAGAUGCACACCCUUAAAAGAAACUCAAAUCCAAAGCCCUGUCAUGUGUCUCUCCUGUGGAAGUAGCAUGGAGGCAGUUACACUUUUCCCCAUUUGAGGCCUUAGAAGGACAAGGAUGCGACAUCACAAGCACCCAAUGGAAGAUAGCUACAAGCCAUAGCUGAGCUCCUCCCAUCCUCAUGUUCUCCAUCACCCAUAGGAAAGUAUUUUUGCAAACAGUCCUGUUUUGAUGUCAUAAUUCUAUGCACUACCUUGUACUCAAUUACACAUGUUCACAUCUGUGUUGUGCUCUGUCUUAUUAAUGUAUUUCUCCAAACCACCAUGUGAUCAGAGGAAAAUAAAAGAUGCUGCAACUGUUGUUGAA